AUGGCUGAGUUUGUCCGUGCUGAGAUCCUGGGUACUAAAUUCGAAUACACCACCAGAUAUGUGAACUUACAGCCCAUUGGUAUGGGAUCUUUUGGUCUCGUCUGCUCGGCGUUCGAUCAGAUCACCCAACAGCUAGUUGCUCUCAAAAAGGUCAUGAAACCAUUUGACGGCUCGUCUUUGGCCAAACGUACUUAUCGUGAGAUCAAGUUGCUCAAGUACCUCCGCCAUGAGAAUCUUAUUUGUUUGCGCGAUAUCUUUAUUUCUCCCCUCGAAGACAUCUACAUUGCAACCGAGCUCCUCGGGACUGAUCUCAGUCGUCUGUUGAGCGUGAAACCCCUCGACAGCCAAUUCGCGCAAUACUUUAUCUACCAAAUCUUAAGAGGCUUGAAAUACAUUCACUCGGCGAAUGUGAUCCACCGUGACCUCAAACCAACCAACAUCCUCAUCAACGAAAACUGUGACUUGAAGAUCUGUGACUUUGGUCUCGCCCGACUGCAGGAACCUCAGAUGACCGGCUAUGUUUCGACCAGAUACUACCGCGCCCCGGAAAUCAUGCUAACCUGGCAGCGAUACGGCGUGCAGGUGGAUAUCUGGAGCGCAGGCUGCAUCCUUGCCGAGAUGCUCCGGGGCAAACCACUCUUCCCAGGGAAAGAUCAUGUUCAUCAGUUCCAUUUGAUCACGAAUAUUCUUGGGAAUCCCCCUAAGUCGGUGCUUGAGAAGAUUACUAGCAAGAAUACUAUGAAAUUCGUCCAAUCAUUGCCAUCACGAGAGCCUCGAGAUCUGUCCACUAUCGUCCCGAAAGAUACCGACUUUGAUGCUAUUGACCUUCUCAAGAAAAUGCUCGUCAUUGACCCCGACAUCAGAGUCUCCGCCCAAGAUGCCCUGAGACAUCCCUACCUAGCUCCAUACCAUGACCCUACCGAUGAACCUGUCGCGGCAGGGCCCUUUGACUGGUCUUUCAACAACAUGGACCUUCCGAAGGAGACCUGGAAGGUUAUGAUAUACUCCGAGGUUCUAGACUAUCUCAGUGUUGAUAGCCCUGAUAGCGGAAGCAUGGCGCUAGGGGGUUCUUCUCCCUUCGACCACCGUGCUCUCGACCGGGAGUUUUCCGAAUUCUUCGACGACCGGGAAGGGCCCAUGUGA